AUGCAGUACCUCGCCGCCAUCGUCGCCGCCGUUGCGCCCCUCGUCGCCCUCAGCGCUGCCGCUCCGGCCACCGACAGCAUGCCCAACGGCUUCGUCAAGCGCGAGGUCGGCCAGGUCACCUUCUGCACCGGCCCCGACAGCACCGGCGACUGCAUGACCCAGACGUAUGCCACCAACCAGUGCAUCGUCCUGCCCGCGCCCUACAACGGCAACGUCCUGACCUUCAUCCCCGACCACGGCAACCUUGUGCGCAUCACCAACUCGGCCGAGACCUGCACCCUGCACGGCGACCUCUUCCUCGAGUUCCCCGGCUCCACGCAGUUCGACGACUACAACGGCGUCGACUACAGCAACGCCACUUCUUUCCUCAUCCAGCGCUGCGAUUCCUGCGCUUAA